UCUGGGGGGAGCCUUCCCGCCCCGUGAUUAGAAUUGGCCUUGCAGAUCCUCGCCAGGAGAGAGGAGAAGCUGGGCAAGGCAGGAUUCGCCCCAGGGGCUGGAGAAGACUCCUGCUGAUCCCUUUAAGCUCAGGACAAGGUUAUGUGAUUGUGGUUCAGUGGCUGAAUUCUUCCAUUUCUAGUUGUUGAAUUCCCCACCCCCACCCGCAAUUUCAGAUGCAACAACUGGAAGCCACUUGUAACCUCUUCCCCUACAGCUAAAAUUAUCUCUUGGGCAAAGAGAGCAGUGCUGCUGCAACAGAAAUAGUCCCGUGAAUGAAAGGUGUUUGGAGAUCCACAAGAUUCCUUGGAUUCCUUGGCGUUGCUUUACGGGCACAGAAAAAGGAUGGAGUCACAACCUUUAGCACGCGAUGAUGAGAGAAAAGAGGCUUCUGAGGUCCAGCCUGGGAGCUGUCCGCAGAUCUGGACAAGAACUGGGCAAAAGAUCCUGGAGGAGGAAAGCAUCCUCCGUUCAGAAGUUCAACCCUGGAGCUUCAGGACCCUCCAGUACCAGCAGGCUGAGGGUCCCCGAGGACUUUGCAGCCGACUCCAUGACUUUUGUAGGCGAUGGCUGAGACCAGAAAAGCACACCAAAGCCCAGAUGCUGGACCUGGUUGUUCUGGAGCAAUUCCUGGCCCUUUUGCCCCACCGGAUGGAGAGCUGGGUGCGGGAGUGUGGAGCAGAGACCAGCUCCCAGGCAGUGGCCCUGGUGGAAGGCUUCCUCCUGAGUCAGGCGGAGGAGCAGAAGGAGCAGGUCAAGUUGCAGUCCUUUGCUGUGGAGAUCAGAAACCGCAGGGGAAGGCGGAACCCAUCAAAUCCUCCUCAGGAGCUGUUUUUUAGUAGGAUUCCUCAGGAUGAUCCAAGUCAGAACACCUCAGGAGGAAAGAGUCGAAUGAAGUUUAGUCCUCCUAAUGGUACACCUAAAAAUAUGGUUGAACCUCCAAAUCAAGAGGGUCCUGUGUCCUUUGAAGAGGUAGCUGUGUAUUUCUCUGAAGAGGAGUGGUCUCAAUUGGAUGCUCACCAAAAAGAGCUGCAUUGGGAAGUCAUGCUGGAAAAUCAUAGGAAUGUGAUCUCUCUGGGUAAUAAUGGGCAAGAGAAUAAGGAUUCCAGAGAACCAUUCCAAGUAAUCAGACCUGGAAAUGGAAUAGAGAAACCUGCAAUUAAAAUGGAACUUGAAAAUCAUGAGAGAAACCAGUCAAAUGAUUGGAAACAAGAAAGCUCAUCUUCCACUGAUGCUCCAAUGCAAGAUUUUCUUGCCCAACAAGGAGAAAUAGAGAAAAAAUAUAUUGGAAAUAGUGUAAAACUGUUCCAAGUCAAAUUAGAUGUAAAUGAAUACUAUCCAAACGAAAGCCAACAAGAAGAGUAUAUAUGCACAGACAGUUGGAACCAUUACAAUUCAACUUUCACUGCUUCUUCUGAAAAUGUGUCCCUUACAUCUCAUAAAAUGAUCCAGACAGAAGAGAAGCCUUAUAAAUGUUUGGAAUGUGGAAAGAGCUUCAGAAGAAGCAGUCAAGUUACUUCUCAUAAAUGGAUCCACACGGGGAAGAAGCCAUAUACGUGCACAGAGUGUGGAAAGACCUUUACUCAGAAAGGUAAUCUUAAUUCGCAUAAGAGGAUCCAUACAGGGGAGAAGCCGUAUAAAUGCAUGGACUGUGGAAAGGGCUUCUGUGAAAAUGCAUCGCUUAUAAAACAUAAAAGGAUCCACACAGGGGAACGGCCCUAUAUAUGCAAAGAGUGUGGAAAGACCUUUACUCACAGCAAUCAGCUUACUUGCCAUAAAAGGAUCCACACAGGAGAGAGGCCCUAUAAAUGUGAGCAGUGUGGAAAGGGCUUUACUAACAGCAGUCAUCUCACUUCCCAUAAAAGGAUCCACACAGGAGAGAGGCCGUAUAAAUGCCAAGAAUGUGGAAAGAGCUUUUGCGAAAAUGGGCCUCUUACUGUACAUAAAAGGAUUCACACAGGCGAGAAACCAUAUAAAUGCACGGAAUGUGGAAAGAGUUUUGGUGAAAAUUCAUCCCUUAUGAAACAUAAAAGGAUCCAUACAGGGGAGAAGCCAUAUAAAUGUAGAGUGUGUGGAAAGACCUUUACUCAUAGCAGUCAACUUAGUUCCCAUAACUGGAUCCACACAGGGGAGAAGCCGUAUAAAUGUGUGGAAUGUGGGAAAGGCUUUACUAAUAGCAGCCAUCUUAAUUCACAUAAAAGAAUCCACACAGGGGAAAAGCCAUACAAAUGUUUGGAGUGUGGAAAGAGUUUCACUCAUAAUGGUUCCCUUACGUCUCAUAAAAGAAUUCAUACGGAAGAAAAACGAUAUGAAACUGAGGAGCUUGGAAAGAGCUUCAGGAGUAAUGACCUAAUUUUGCCAUAAACAGAUAAAUUUGGUGUAUAUAAAUUUUGGCAUAUACAUGCAAAUUCUAGACUUUGUUAGUUUUGUAUACUAUUUAUGUAUACUGAUUUAGGAAAGGAGUCAGACCCUUAUAUUUGGCAACUCCAAAGAAUUGAAAUGAGAACAAAAACAACUGGCACUUGCUUAUAAACAGCAGAUUUUUGAAGAUGCUCUAAUUUGAAGAUGCCCAAUGCUACUAUAUCUUAAUAAGGAAAAACUUUUAUUUCUGAAGUGUAUUUUCAUCAGUUUUUAAUUGAUCUUGAUUCCAUGAAGGAUAUGAACAGGUAGAUAUUUAACAGGUGCUACUUCCCCAGGCAGAAGAAGGAUCUCUUCAAGACAAACUUGUUCAUCUUUCUUUCACUAUGGCAGAGAUGGAGGUAGAAAUUGAAUUUAUCCACAGUUGCUUCCCAUAAUUUAAUUUCCCCCCUUUUUUUUGCCACGUCUUACAAUUGUUUUCCCCUCCCUUUCUUGUUUCUUAAUAUACUCAUUUUAUCAUAUGGCUCUAAAUUCUCUUCCCACUGAAAAACAAAAUUAGAAAUGGCACUGCAGAUAUUCUGAGGUCUGAAGGAAUUUUAUAAUCAAAAGGGAACAUAAGUUCCAUCAAUGUAUGCAGAGAUUGUUCAAUUGAUUGU